UCUGGGGGUUUUGGUAACUACGAAUAGAUGGGGGUGUUUUCGUUAUUUAGCAUAAGUUUAAGGGUUUUUUGUAAUUUACCCAAAAAAAGAAGAAAAAAAGAGUAAAGAAAGGAUAAGACAAAAAAAAAGAGCAGUGUGUCCGUACAUUCAAAAAACAGGUAGCAAACCGCCAUUGGACAACAAGUACUCUCUCUCUCUCUCUCUCUCUAGAAAAGCAAAAUCCGGAGAAGACAAGCUGUAAACAAGAAACCCUCUAUCCAUUUUACUGAUUUUUUUUCAUCCCAAAGUCUAAAGGAAAAGCUAUAAAGAAAGAAAGAAAUAGCCCCAGAAAAUUUCCAAGAACCCCAUGAAACGACGUAGUUGCAAAGAGGAUUCCUCUGUGGAAUGGUAUAACUUGGAUGAAGCAAACCCGGUGAAAGAACAGAGAUGCGCCGAGUUCGAUGACUGUGUUAGAAAAACCGACUUAAAAAUACAUGGCAUAGAGCAAAAUGCAACCGUUGGUGAUUUUUCAGAUGGUGAAAAGACAAAAAAAUCGAAGCUCCUUGACGAGCUUAAAACUGAUAAUACCGAAAGUGGAGGAAUUACAGGCAACGAAACAUCGUUGAUUGAUGUGCAUUUGAGUGUUGAGACGAUCCAAGGAUCAGAGAAUGUCCCGUUUGUUUGUCUGACAAGUAAAUUAAACGGUGAAGCAAUAAUCGGAUAUCCUCUACAAAUCCGAGCGUUGAGGGAAACUCUGCCUCCUCAGAAGCUAAGUGUUUCUCCUCGUAAACUUGUUUGGAGAACUUCAAAGAGGACUCCCGUGUGUUACGUGCAGGAUGUGAAAGCCGGUGAAAACGGAAUGCGGAUAAACGAGAAACCUCUUAUGAAGAAGUUUAACGAAGGAGAUGCAGUACUGACCAGGACUUGUGUUUCUGUCGAACUUGUUUUCAGUAAGAUAUUAGCAGCAAUUGGUUAGCUACAUUUUUAAGCCCAUAUAAUAUAUAUUAUAGAUAUAGAUAUAGAUUUUGAGUUAAUGAAAUCGAGCGAAUUUGACUAGUGGAUGAAUGUUUUUGGUCAUCCCGGCUUUUUUGUUUCCUUCGUGCGAAGAUGUAUUUCGAAACAGUUUACGAUGGAACACUUCUUUCUAUGUAAUUGGUUUCUAAUAGUUAUAUGUUGAUAAUACUCUUUCAAUCUA